AAAAAUCUUAAUGACUAUGACCUUAGCAGCAUGGGUAGCUGAUUUUUCCCAAUUAUAAAUCCCGUUAGUUUGCGGUAAUGUGAGCAGUAACCAGACUUUGCCUGACACUGCGUGGUCCAAAAGAAUUAAGGAAAUAUGGAAUGACAUGAAGGAGAUUAGUUGAGGAUUAAAGGCUUUGAGGACAAAACACCUCACCGAGGUGAAGCACAGACUAACAUUCUGGUUGUAGCUCCAAGGAGCUGCGUGCUGAAAAAAGAUGGCAGAUCCAGGAAUGAUGAGUCUGUUUGGAGAAGAUGGGAAUAUUUUCAGUGAAGGGUUGGAAGGUCUUGGAGAAUGUGGAUAUCCUGAAAAUACAGUGAAUCCUAUGGGUCAGCAAAUACCCAUGGAUCAAGGAUUUCCCACUUUACAGUCAUCUCUUCAUCAUCCUCCUGCAAAUCAAAACCAAGCCAAGUUGACCCAUUUUGAUCACUAUAAUCAAUACGAACAGCAGAAAAUGCACCUGAUGGAUCAGCCGAACAGGAUGAUAAGCAAUGCCCCUGGGAAUGGUAUCGCGUCUCCUCAUUCGCAGUAUCACAACCCUCCAGUUCCUCAGGUUCCUCACAGCAGCGGUGCCGGUGGUCAGAUGGGAGUCUAUCCCGGCAUGCAGAACGAAAGACACGGCCAGCCCUUCGUAGACAGUGGCUCCAUGUGGGGACCACGGGCAGUUCAAGUGCCAGACCAGAUAAGAGCACCGUACCAGCAGCAACAGCAGCAGCAGCAGCCGCAACCCACACAGCCGCCACAGGCACCCUCCGGACCCCCUGGGCAGGGCCAUCCUCAGCACAUGCAGCAGAUGGGAAACUACAUGGCUCGUGGUGAUUUUUCAAUGCAGCAGCACGGUCAGCCGCAGCAGCAGAGGAUGAACCAGUUUUCUCAAGGCCAGGAAGGCCUCAAUCAGGGAAACCCUUUCAUUGCCACCUCAGGACCUGGCCACUUGUCUCAUGUGCCCCAGCAGAAUCCCAAUAUGGCACCUUCUUUGCGACACUCAGUCCAGCAAUUUCACCACCAUCCCCCUACUGCUCUCCAUGGGGAAUCAGUAGCCCACAGUCCCAGAUUCUCCCCUAAUCCUCCCCAGCAGGGUGCUGUUAGGCCGCAAACACUUAAUUUUAGUUCUCGGAGCCAGACGGUACCCUCACCUACUAUAAACAACUCAGGGCAGUAUUCUCGAUAUCCUUACAGUAACCUUAAUCAGGGAUUAGUUAAUAAUACAGGGAUGAAUCAGAAUUUAGGCCUUACAAAUAACACUCCAAUGAAUCAAUCUGUACCAAGAUACCCAAAUGCUGUCGGAUUUCCAUCAAACAGUGGUCAAGGACUAAUGCACCAGCAGCCCAUCCACCCUAGUGGCUCACUUAACCAAAUGAACACGCAAACUAUGCACCCUUCACAGCCUCAGGGAACUUAUGCCUCUCCACCUCCCAUGUCACCUAUGAAAGCAAUGAGUAACCCAGCAGGUACACCUCCUCCACAGGUUAGACCCGGUAGUGCUGGAAUACCAAUGGAAGUUGGCAGUUACCCAAAUAUACCCCAUCCUCAGCCGUCACACCAGCCCCCUGGUGCCAUGGGAAUUGGACAAAGGAAUAUGGGCCCCAGAAACAUGCAACAGAAUCGUCCAUUUAUGGGUAUGUCUUCGACACCACGGGAGAUGGGUGGGCACAUGAGACCAAAUGGUUGUCCAGGUGUUGGCCUUGCAGAUCCACAAGCAAUACAAGAGCGACUAAUAUCUGGCCAGCAGCUUCCUAGUCAACAGCAGUCUUUUCAACAGCAAAUGCCAACCUGUCCUCCCAUGCAGCCUCAUCCAGGGAUACAUCACCAGUCUUCACCACCCCCACAUCCUCAUCAUCAGCCUUGGGCACAGCUUCACCAGUCGCCACAAAACACACCACAAAAAGUGCCUGUCCUUCAGCAUUCUCCGUCGGAACCCUUUUUAGAGAAACCAGUGCCGGAUAUGACUCAGGUUAGUGGACCGAAUACCCAGCUAGUGAAAAGCGAUGAUUAUCUGCCAUCAAUUGAGCCGCAGCCACAGCAAAAGAAAAAGAAAAAGAAAAACAAUCACAUUGCUGCAGAAGGUCCCAGUAAAGGUUUUGGUAAGGAAGACUUUCCUGGGGGACUUGACAGCCAGAAUCUAAGCAGAAACUCAGUGGAUUGCUCCCAAGAAGACAAGAAGAAAAAGAAAAAGCCCAAGGCAAAAAAAGAACCGAAGGAUCCUAAAGAACCCAAGGAAAAGAAGGAACCCAAGACCCCCAAAGUCCCUAAGACCCCUAAAGAGCCAAAGGAAAAGAAAGCGAAAAAUACCACGCCAAAACCCAAGACCAGCAAAAAGGCUAGUAGCAAGAAGCAAGAUUCAGAAGCCAAUGCUGCGAAGAAAAAGGUUAACAAGGGAAAGGAAGGUUCUGAAAAUUCAGAUUUGGAAAAAACACCACCACCAUCACCUCAUCCCGAAGAUGAAGAUGAUCCAGGGGUUCAGAAACGGCGCUCCAGCAGGCAGGUGAAGAGGAAGCGUUAUACUGAAGACCUGGAGUUCAAGAUUUCAGAUGAGGAGGCUGAUGAUGCUGAUGCUGCUGGAAGAGACUCUCCUUCAAAUACUUCUCAGUCAGAGCAACAGGAAUCUGCUGAUGCUGAAGGUCCUAUUGUGGAGAAAAUCAUGAGUAGCCGUUUAGUCAAGAAAAAGACGGAGAACGGAGAGGAAGUAGAAGUAGAGGAGUUCUAUGUAAAGUACAAAAACUUUUCUUACCUUCACUGUCAGUGGGCAUCUGUGGAAGAACUGGACAAAGACAAGAGAAUUCAGCAGAAGAUUAAGCGGUUUAAGGCAAAACAGGGCCAGAAUAAAUUCCUUUCUGAAAUUGAUGAUGAGCUUUUUAAUCCAGAUUAUGUGGAAGUUGAUCGAAUCAUGGAUUUUUCACGCAGCACAGAUGAUAAUGGAGAGCCUGUCACGCAUUAUCUGGUGAAGUGGUGUUCGCUUCCUUACGAGGACAGCACUUGGGAGCUCAAGCAAGACAUCGACCAAGCCAAGAUCGAAGAAUUCGAGAAACUGAUGUCUAGGGAGCCAGAAAUGGAGCGUGUGGAGCGACCUCCUGCCGAUGACUGGAAGAAAUCGGAGAGUUCCAGGGAGUAUAAAAACAAUAACAAACUCAGGGAAUACCAGUUGGAGGGAGUAAACUGGCUUCUUUUCAAUUGGUACAACACACGAAACUGCAUUUUAGCAGAUGAAAUGGGGUUGGGAAAGACUAUCCAGUCCAUUACGUUUCUCUAUGAGAUAUAUUUGAAAGGAAUCCAUGGUCCUUUCUUGGUUAUUGCACCAUUGUCCACAAUUCCCAACUGGGAAAGGGAGUUCCGCACCUGGACAGAGUUGAAUGUGGUUGUGUAUCAUGGGAGUCAGGCGAGCCGGCGGACCAUUCAGUUGUAUGAAAUGUAUUUCAAAGAUCCACAGGGUCGUGUGAUAAAGGGGUCCUACAAGUUCCAUGCCAUUAUCACAACAUUUGAAAUGAUCUUGACUGACUGCCCAGAGCUGCGUAACAUUCCAUGGCGUUGCGUGGUCAUUGAUGAGGCCCACAGGCUGAAAAACAGGAACUGUAAGCUUUUGGAAGGACUCAAGAUGAUGGAUCUGGAGCAUAAAGUGCUGCUUACUGGAACCCCUUUGCAAAACACAGUAGAAGAGCUGUUUAGCUUGCUUCACUUCUUGGAACCAGGUCGCUUUCCAUCAGAAACCACAUUCAUGCAAGAAUUUGGGGAUCUUAAAACUGAAGAGCAGGUGCAAAAACUGCAAGCUAUUUUGAAGCCCAUGAUGCUGAGACGUCUCAAAGAGGAUGUGGAAAAGAACCUGGCCCCCAAAGAGGAAACCAUCAUUGAAGUUGAGCUGACAAAUAUUCAGAAGAAAUACUAUCGUGCUAUUCUUGAAAAGAAUUUCACAUUUCUUUCCAAGGGCGGAGGUCAGGCAAAUGUACCUAAUCUUUUAAACACUAUGAUGGAACUAAGAAAAUGCUGCAAUCAUCCAUACCUUAUUAAUGGUGCUGAAGAGAAAAUUUUGGAAGAGUUUAAAGAAACACACAAUGCCGACUCUCCAGAUUUUCAGCUCCAGGCAAUGAUCCAGGCUGCUGGCAAGCUCGUACUGAUUGACAAGCUGCUGCCAAAACUGAAGGCUGGUGGCCACAGGGUGCUUAUCUUUUCCCAGAUGGUGCGCUGCUUGGACAUACUGGAAGACUACCUCAUUCAAAGACGGUACCCGUACGAACGAAUUGAUGGUCGAGUGAGAGGCAACUUGCGUCAGGCAGCUAUUGACAGGUUUUCAAGACCUGAUUCUGAUAGGUUUGUUUUCCUGCUGUGUACAAGGGCAGGAGGUUUGGGCAUUAAUCUUACUGCUGCUGAUACCUGCAUCAUUUUUGAUUCAGACUGGAAUCCCCAAAAUGACCUCCAGGCUCAAGCACGAUGUCACAGAAUAGGGCAGAGCAAAUCAGUGAAAAUUUACAGGUUGAUAACAAGGAAUUCUUAUGAAAGGGAAAUGUUUGACAAAGCUAGCCUGAAGCUGGGCCUUGAUAAGGCUGUGCUACAAUCUAUGAGCGGAAGAGAAAAUGCCACAAAUGGGGUGCAACAGCUGUCUAAAAAAGAAAUAGAAGAUCUUCUUCGAAAGGGGGCAUAUGGUGCUCUGAUGGAUGAGGAAGAUGAGGGGUCUAAGUUUUGUGAAGAGGAUAUUGAUCAGAUUCUCUUAAGGAGAACACACACAAUUACUAUUGAAUCUGAAGGAAAAGGCUCAACAUUUGCAAAGGCUAGUUUUGUUGCAUCUGGGAACAGGACAGAUAUUUCUUUGGAUGACCCUAAUUUCUGGCAGAAGUGGGCAAAGAAAGCUGAGCUGGAUAUCGAUGCUCUAAAUGGAAGGAACAACCUAGUUAUUGAUACACCAAGAGUAAGGAAGCAAACCAGACUCUACAGUGCAGUCAAAGAGGAUGAGCUGAUGGAGUUUUCAGACCUGGAAAGUGAUUCUGAGGAAAAGCCUAGCACAAAGCCCCGUAGGCCUCAGGACAAAUCACAAGGUUAUGCAAGAAGUGAAUGUUUCAGGGUGGAGAAGAACUUGUUGGUUUAUGGCUGGGGUCGGUGGACUGACAUCCUCUCACAUGGGCGCUAUAAACGUCAGCUAACAGAGCAAGAUGUGGAAACCAUCUGCCGGACUAUCCUGGUGUAUUGUCUUAAUCAUUACAAAGGGGAUGAAAAUAUCAAAAGUUUCAUCUGGGAUCUGAUCACUCCAACUGCAGAUGGGCAAACUCGAGCUUUGGUUAAUCAUUCCGGUCUGUCUGCACCAGUGCCCAGAGGGAGGAAAGGGAAGAAAGUAAAAGCCCAGAGUUCACAGCCAAUGCUGCAAGAUGCUGAUUGGCUCACAACCUGUAAUCCAGAUGUAUUAUUUCAAGAAGACAGCUAUAGGAAACAUCUUAAACAUCACUGUAAUAAGGUCCUGCUGCGUGUCCGCAUGCUCUACUAUCUACGACAAGAAGUUAUAGGGGACCAAGCAGACAAGAUCUUAGAGGGUGCUGACUCAAGUGAAGUAGAUAUAUGGAUACCUGAGCCAUUCCAUGCCGAAGUUCCUGCAGACUGGUGGGAUAAGGAGGCAGAUAAAUCCCUUUUAAUUGGAGUAUUUAAACACGGUUAUGAGAAGUACAAUUCCAUGAGAGCUGAUCCAGCACUGUGCUUUCUGGAACGGGUUGGCAUGCCUGAUGCAAAGGCCAUAGCUGCUGAACAGAGAGGGACAGACAUGUUAGCAGAUGGCGGUGAUGGGGGUGAAUUUGACAGAGAGGAUGAAGAUCCAGAAUAUAAGCCAACCAGAACUCCCUUCAAGGAUGAAAUUGAUGAAUUCGCAAACUCACCUCCAGAAGACAAAGAGGAGUCCAUAGAAUUACACCCAAGCAAGCACAGUGAAAGCAAUGCUGAGUUAGGGCAACUCUACUGGCCCAACACUUCAACCCUGACUACCCGUCUGCGUCGCCUCAUUACUGCCUAUCAGCGCAGCUAUAAAAGGCAACAAAUGAGGCAAGAGGCACUAAUGAAGACUGACCGCAGGAGACGUCGGCCUCGAGAAGAAGUGAGGGCACUAGAGGCAGAAAGGGAAGCCAUAAUAACUGAGAAACGACAAAAAUGGACAAGAAGAGAAGAAGCAGAUUUUUAUCGUGUGGUGUCUACUUUUGGAGUUAUUUUUGAUCCUGUAAAACAUCAGUUUGAGUGGAAUCAAUUCAGAGCAUUUGCCAGGCUUGACAAAAAGUCCGAUGAAAGCUUGGAAAAGUAUUUUAAUGGCUUUGUGAAUAUGUGUAGACGAGUGUGCCGAAUGCCAGUCAAACCAGAUGAUGAACCUCCUGAUCUUUCCACGCUGAUUGAGCCGAUCACAGAGGAGCGUGCUUCUAGAACUUUAUAUCGCAUCGAGCUGCUGCGCAAGAUCCGCGAACAGGUCCUCCAUCACCCGCAGCUGGGGGAGAGGCUAAAGCUUUGCCAGCCGAGUCUGGACCUGCCAGAGUGGUGGGAGUGUGGUAAACAUGAUAAAGACUUACUGAUUGGUGCUGCUAAACAUGGAGUCAGUAGGACAGAUUAUCACAUUCUGAAUGAUCCCGAACUCUCUUUUCUUGAGGCUCACAAAAACUUUGCUCAAAACAGAGGGACGGGUAAUGCAAAUACUGUGUCUUCUAUAAACCCUCUGGGCGCUGGAUGCAGUCAAACACCCCCAGUCGUCUCAUCCACACCAGUACAAGAGGAAAAGACUACAGAACCAACAGAGUCUAAAGUUGAAGGGUCUGAAAAUCCAGCAGCCAAAGAAAAAUCUGAAAUCAAAGAGGAGACAGAUACUACAGAUAAGGACACUAAACCAGAUUGUGAUGCUGAGGCUGAGCCUGGCUCUGUUAAAUGUGAAUUGAAAGACAUAGAAAUGAGUACAGAUGUAGAUCCGAAAUCUAUUUCUGAGAAAGGUUCAGAAGAAGAUGAAGAGGAGAAACUGGAAGAUGAUGAUAAAUCAGAAGAAUCCUCCCAACCUGAAGCAGGAGCAGUUUCUCAGGGUAAGAAUUUUGAUGAAGAAAGCAAUGCCUCUAUGAGUACCGCAAGGGAUGAAACACGCGAUGGAUUCUACAUGGAAGACGGGGAUCCCUCUGUGGUUCAGCUGCUUCAUGAGAGAACAUUUGCCUUCUCAUUCUGGCCUAAGGACCGAGUAAUGAUCAACCGAUUAGACAACAUCUGUGAGGCAGUGCUGAAAGGGAAGUGGCCAGUAAAUAGGCGCCAGAUGUUUGAUUUCCAGGGGCUCAUACCUGGGUACACUCCGACAGCUGUGGACAGCCCUCUACAGAAAAGGAGCUUUGCAGAGCUCUCCAUGGUUGGUCAAGCCAGCGUCAGUGGCAGCGAAGAUCUCACUGCUUCUCCUCAGUUAUCAAAGGAAGAUGCACUCAAUUUAUCAGUUCCACGUCAGAGGAGGAGGAGACGAAGAAAGAUUGAAAUUGAGGCUGAGAGAGCUGCCAAGAGGAGAAAUCUUAUGGAAAUGGUUGCCCAGUUACGUGAGUCUCAGGUGGUCUCAGAAAAUGGACAAGAAAAGGUUGUAGAUUUAUCAAAGGCCUCACGAGAGGCAACAAGUUCUACCUCAAAUUUUUCAUCUGUUACUUCAAAGUUUAUCUUGCCUAAUGUCUCCACACCUGUGUCUGAUGCCUUUAAAACUCAAAUGGAGCUGCUGCAAGCAGGUCUUUCACGCACACCCACAAGGCAUCUACUAAAUGGCUCUUUAAUAGAUGGAGAACCACCUAUGAAGAGGAGGAGAGGAAGGAGGAAAAAUGUAGAAGGGCUUGAUCUGUUAUUUAUGAGCAACAAACGGACAUCAUUGACUGUAGAGGAUGCAGAAGUGACCAAAGCUUUUGAAGAAGAUAUGGAAGCCCUACCAGCAAGGAACAUUCCAUCUCCUGGUCAAUUGGACCCUGACACUCGCAUCCCUGUAAUCAAUCUAGAGGAUGGGACCAGGCUGGUGGGAGAGGAUGCCCCAAAAAACAAGGAUCUAGUUGAAUGGCUUAAGUUGCAUCCUACUUACACUGUAGAUAUGCCAAGUUAUGUACCAAAGCCGAAACAAAAACGACACAGAUGUCGAAACCCUAAUAAACUGGAUAUAAACACCUUGACAGGAGAAGAAAGGGUACCUGUUGUAAAUAAACGAAAUGGAAAGAAGAUGGGUGGAGCUAUGGCCCCUCCAAUGAAGGACUUGCCAAGAUGGCUGGAAGAAAAUCCUGAGUUUGCUGUUGCUCCAGAUUGGACUGACAUUGUUAAACAGUCUGGUUUUGUUCCAGAGUCCAUGUUUGACCGUCUUCUCACUGGACCUGUUGUGAGGGAGGAAGGAGCAAGCAGAAGAGGAAGAAGGCCAAAAAGUGAAAUUGCCAAAGCAGCUGCAGCAGCUGCUGCUGUAGCAUCAACUUCGGGAAUCAACCCACUACUAAUGAACAGUCUGUUUGCUGGAAUGGACCUCACAAGCCUCCAGAACCUACAGAACCUGCAGUCUCUCCAGCUCGCAGGCCUCAUGGGCUUUCCACCAGGGCUAGCAACAGCUGCUGCUGCUGGGGGGGACGCUAAAAAUCCGGCUGCCAUGUUGCCUCUGAUGUUGCCAGGGAUGGCAGGACUGCCCAAUAUGUUUGGACUAAGCGGAUUGUUGAAUAACCCGAUCACGGCUACUACUGGAAAUGCCACUACUGCUUCCGGUCAAGGAGAGACUGAGGAUGGCGCUUCAAAAGCUGAAGAGAAGAAAAAUGAGAAUGAAGAGGAGAACAAAGACUCUGAGAAAAGCACAGACACUGUUUCUGCUACUGACUCUGCAAAUGGAUCUGUCAGUGCUGCUACUGCGGCGACUACCGCCACUGCCACCACUACCACCACCACCAACACUGGAUUGCCCACAAACCCUCUGGCCUUCAAUCCUUUCCUGCUGUCUACCAUGGCUCCUGGCCUCUUCUAUCCAUCUAUGUUUCUACCUCCAGGACUGGGAGGAUUGACUCUGCCCGGUUUCCCAGCACUAGCAGGACUUCAGAACGCAGUGGGCUCCAAUGAAGAGAAGGCUACUGACAAAACUGAAGGAGCUGCCUUUAAAGAUGAAGAAAAUCUCGAAGGCAGUGAUGCAGAGGAGAGCCUUGAUAAAACUGCAGAUUCCUCCGUUUUAGAAGAUGAAAUAGCACAGGGUGAAGAAUUAGACUCACUUGAUGGGGGGGAAGAAAUAGAAAACAAUGAAAACGAUGAAUAACCAGUACCAGUUACAGUUAAAGUGUUUUAAACUUUUGACAAGUGGUAGUCCUACUGUUUACACUCACAGUUAAUGUCCAUACUUAGUUUUUAUAAGCUGUUCUGUAACAUAGUGUAGCAAAAAAAAAAAAGUUCAAGUCAUGUUAUACAGAUGUGUCAAAAGGUAUCUUGGUCAUUAAGUAUUGUGCAGUGCAUUAUUUAUUAUCCCUAGGAGAGAUGAAAUUUGAGAGGUGAUCAUGUCUUUUUAAGGAAAUUGACAUAAUGCUCUGCUUUUUUUUUCUUUUGGUACCAUUGGUAUUAUGAAUUAAGCAGCAAUUUGUAAUCAAGUGGCACUAAUAGAAGGAAGUGCUGCUUAAAGGAAGGAUGAAGUUAUAUAUUUAAUUUUUUUUUCUUUUUUUUUUUCCUUUUUUUUUUUUUUUAAAUUUUGCUGUGAAGGUCAAGAUGAAAUUUACCAUACAUAUCGUACUCGCGCUUCAUUUUGACUGUAUGGGAGUUCACCCGCUCGCGUGCGCGCACACACCCACACACACACUCUCUCUCUGACAAUCUUCAUGAUAGUGUGAAUGUCUCUGUCUUGAGACGCAGCAAUAAUAAGGCAGCUGUUGAAUGUGAAGAGUACCUUUUGGAAAUUAACCCGUGGAGAAGGUUCUUACAGGAUAAAGCUACAGUUUAAUCGUCUCGUGAUCUUGUAAUGCACUGGUAUAAACAAAAAAGAAAAAAAUCAGGUACCUUUUUUAAAUUAAAGGACUUUGUUACUUUAGCCACAAAGCUAAACAGCAUUACCUCAACUCUAAACUAGCCUUGAAGUUUACAGACAUGACUUUGUAAAUGUAUUGUUUUUCUUUGUUGUGAUGUCUUUUUAUUUUUUUUUUUCUUUGGAAACUGCUAUCAUGUAAGAUAAGAUGUAAAUUGCUGCCAACUGUAGUAAUGAUGCUUUUAAUAAAAGUGACCCAUGAUAUGCA